AUGACAAGUUGGAAAGAAUGGAUGGGUGACACAUAUUAUGAGAGAGAUGAUAUUCAUCCAAUGGAGACAAAUGAAAUAGAUGAAAAUAAUAGCUUCAAUGAAACUACCCACUCUACAUCCUCGUUCCCAUCGACGGAUCUGUGUGUUUUUCUCCCAUCGACAUCGGCACCACUCCCGUUUCCCACCAGCGGUCGUCCUCAGUCAACCGUUGUCGGCGUCGCCAACCCCCUUCUCCGUUCAAGAUAA